CAAAAAAUGAUUGUCAAAAUGGAGUUGAUGUGUACUUAGGUCAGCCUUUAAACAUUUUUGUUGAAUUAAUGGAUUUUUCCUCUACUCCCAUUAGCAAUUUGUGUUAUAAACUAUUGCUUACACUUCAUUAGCAACGCUGGUCGCAUUAGGCUCUUUAUUUACGUAACAUAUCAUCAUAAAACCGUAAUGUUUUGAAAGGGCCUUACAAUCAACAUUUAUUCAAUUUUUAUCAAAAAUGUCCGCGGCCAACGCGAUAGAAAACAGUGAAGAACUGGAGAACGUGCCACUAGUGCGUAUGGAGGACGUACAACCUUCGAGAGAAAGGAAUUGCGAAGAGGAAGUACUAGAAACCUGUGUUGUUGAUAACAUUGAGUAUGAUUGUGUAGUCAAUGAAGAUGAGGACUCGAACAUUGGGAGUAUGGUGUCCAUUCAGUCAGAAGAAGUGGUUGAAGAUGACAGUGACACCGCAGAGAUGAUUGUUCCUGAAGUUCUCGAGCCGUUGGAUGAAAUUCCAAUAGUAAGAGAUGUGACACAAAACGAUAUAGUCCUAGAGCAAAAACACACUGACAUAAAGCCACCAGACAGCUGGCCAACCCUCGAAAUCCUCCCCGGAGGUGUCAUCAAAAAUGCCGACAAAUGUGAAGAUGAUCUCCAAUAUCCAGAAGGCCCGGAGAAGGUGGAAAAGGGAGAGAUGAUGUACGCUUGUGCGAAGUGCUCGGAGAGCUUCAAGUACCUCUUCUGUCUGGUGAAGCAUGUGAAGUGGCAUGAGGAUGAGAAGAAAAAAGAGAAAGGGCUGGAUAUGGCCAAACUUACAAACCGUAAGAAAUGCAUCGUUUUGCAUUCAGGCAAAAAGAAGAUGGGCCAGCGUGGAAAAGCCAAGAAAACAAAGAGAUCAUAGUAUCGUAGCUUCAUUAUUAACUAACACAGGCUAAAAGAGAAAUGUUUUGACUUUUCCGGUGAUAAAUACUGUCACAUCGUGCAUAACAGCCAUUGGAAAAUUCAUUUAAUUCCCGAACGCAUUCACACGCUAUAAAUUUUCAAUGUUAACUGGUUUUCCAAUGGCUGUAACGGUUCUUUGGCGUAUCAACUUUUAGACCUACACUUUUCACGUCUCUGGCGUUACCAAAAAUGUCUCUGGAGUUACCAAGUAAUCAUGUUUCAAAUUUAAUCUUUGUCUAAAAACUCUAAAUUUUGGGUCUAUCCAGAGAUUAAGUCGCUUGUUUGAGCAUAUAAUAUAAAAUGAUAUAAAAGUUAUAGAUUAGUAUCGGUCUAAAAGUUGAUUCACCCUCUUAUGCGUUGCGAAAUUGUGGUAACUAGUAAGUAACAUCAACCGAGUGCAGUUUCGUCAAUCGGUAAAAAAAGUUAUAGCAUUGUUAAAGACACCAUAAAUACGAUAGGAAAACGGAAAUUAUGAUGUUUUUUACCAGCAAUUAAUGAACUUUUUUGCUGCUGAUGGACAGUGCAUUUGUAAUAAAUUAGCUACUUCAUGGACAUCGUCUAUGCGAUUAUCUUGCGGAUUUUGCCCGAUCACUGCUGUCUCCUGGGACACAUCUCCGAAAGGAAUUAAACCACGACAGCAUGAAUGAUUAUUUGAAGAUUUACGUAAAAAACGUAAUACUUAUGAACGAUACAAUCUGUUGCUUCCAUGUGACUACCUCAAUCUGACAAUUUAAUUCAAAAUUAGAGUUGUCGUUUAUAAGUAAUACAGAUAGAUAUAGAUCGCGAGCCAGGAACAGGUUUCCAUGACCAAUCGCCUCCCGGCCGAUAACUCGUAUAGUGGUUAACGGCUAUGUAUGAUGAACCCUCGUGGACGUCAGCUGCCGCUCCGUUGGUGGGUUGAGGAAUGGCAGCCACCGAAACACGUAAAAAAAUUUAGUCAUCGCCUCCCGUUUGAUACUUUGUCAGAUGAUAGUUUAGACAUAGUAUAAACAGGGCACAGUAUGUUAUCUUCAUACAACGCACCACCCACACAUACAAGUCGCGCGCGGUGCGUUUGUAUGAAGAUAACAUACUUUGCCCUGUUUAUAGUAUGGUUUAGAUGCUAUUGUUAAUUUAAAAAAUCGUCAGCAGCUGUAUCGCGGAAAGAACUAUAGAAAGAACGUCAGCUGGUCGCAUGAACAUGUAAAAAAAUGUUUAUGUCAUCAACUGACAACUGACUUUCCACCGCGGUACAAUACAACCGGCUAUUUUUUUAAUUCAUGAUAACAUCUAAACUAAACUAUCAUCUGACAAAGUAUCAGCCGGGAGGCGAUGACUAGCGAUAUAUGCUCCUGGCCCGCGAUCUAAUAGAUACAGUAAGUAGAUACAGUCAACCAAUUUUACCCCAGGUUAGUGUAAAACCAUAUCAGUGAGGUUAUCACAUCACUAUUUGUCAAUGGGGUAGGCAAUUGUCAACCGUUUUUAUACAAGGUGCCAGCAUAAGUUUUACCUGUCUCUAGGUUUGUUCUAUAUUUGGCUUAAAAUUCCAGAAAGAAAAAAAACAUGUAUUUGACAAUAUUCGUAGGAUCGAUAGGUAAAACCUAUUCUGUCUCCAUCUGUAAAAUACUUCGACCGGCCAACUACAUUUGAAAUGGUUUUACGGUGGCGUAGGAAUCUAGUUGUUGUGUAUGUAUACAUAUAUAUUUCACACCACCAAAUAUGAUAUAGAGCAGACAAGUAAAUGUUAGAUCGAUAGAUAAGUGCAUAAGGGGAGUUCAAAUCGGCUGCUUAUUUCUGUCAAUAUAAUAAGUGUUUUAUUUUAAUGGGUUGUAUUCUGAAAGCAAUUUUUCAUACAUAAAACCCCAGGCCAGGCACUGCCUCAUUUAAAACAUAGAGAGAUCAUACUGUCCUUUUCUGACGCUAGUACUAGCACCCAAAAGUAAUGGAUGCGUAUAGUAUUUCACGUUCGUAAUUACUGACAAAUCUGGUUUGCCAGACUAUAUAGAGCUAAUAAAACCCUCAUUUUUAUUUUCAUUACUGGAAACAACCAAAACACAAUUUUCAUUACUGGA